AUGUGGAAGCCGAGUUCCCCGCCCCCACAAUCGACUAUAAGCCCGGAACAGCAGCCACAGCAACAAGAGCCGGCAGAACAGACCCCCGGAGGACGCCCGAGACAGGAAUCGCUCCGUCAACCUGUGACCGGCCGCCGCAUUGCGCAGAUCGUGAAGCUUAAGCCUGAGUUCGUCGCUAGGUACAAGGAGGUGCAUGCUGCCGUGUGGCCGGAGGUGCUCCAGCAGAUUAAGGCGUGUAAUAUUCGAGACUAUAGCAUUUUCCACGACCCCGGGACCGGUAUCUUAUUCGCGUCCUUCAAGUACGUCGGAUUCGACUAUGCCGGGGACAUGGAGCGCAUGCGCGAAAACCCCAAGGUUAGGGAGUGGUGGGCUAUGACGGAUGGCUUUCAGGAGAGUCUGGUCCCGGGAGCAAAGAACAGCGAGUCUGGUGAUCCUACCUGGUGGCGGGAAAUUGAGGAAGUGUUUUAUACGCCGUAG